AUGAUGAGUUCUGUCUUGCUGACUAUGAGAUCUAGCACGUCCUGCGCGACGAAUUUGUCUGCCAACACGAGGUCCACGAGGAUAGGUGAGCAGGGUGCCAGGACCCAGCAGGAUGAUUCGCCCGCGUUUGGGAGUGGGACAAGAAGGCGUGAAUGGGUGUGUAAAUUUGAUGGUUCAACGGGGCGGAUACACUUUGUCUGCAUCUGUGUCGUCCAUGGCCUUGGAUUUAGCAUCCUCUCAUUCGCCCUACGUUCUAUAUCGCACACCCCACUCGCCACCACCUCCCUCGUAAUCCUCGAUGCUGAUCUACACCCCUUCUACGAGUGGUCACGCCCACUUGCAAGGGCUUCUUCUGUAGAUGCCCUACACUUUGACGAGUGUCCAAGCGUCGAGAACAACGAGCUGGUCCCGCCAGUUGGUGUUCCCGGACGCGCCAUUGAACUUUCUUGCAUACUGAACGGAGGCCGCCUUUUGCGAGAAUGUUGGAAAGAGACAACGACCAAAACAAACGUUCAACACGGAUUUGAUCGUCGACCACCAACAUCUCCACCAACUUUGCUAGCUUACCAUUCGCGUGCCUGGGAAUCUCUCGUUACAUUUGCAGAGCUGUCCAGUUCUCCUGCUCAACAUUCGCUGGACCGGAAAGCUCCCUGUAACACCAGGUUCAGGACGACGAACAAUGGACCGUACAUUUUUACGGCGCAGAGGAGAGGCCAGUCAUCCAACGGUAGACGUUUUGUGCUGUUUAUCAGCACCAUUACCAGAAGGAGGUUCACUCACCCAUUCCAACUCCUGCGGCGAUCGGCUGCCCCGAACUUCGUGACGACGCCGUUUUUUGGUUCGCCCAACUUAGAUCUCAGUCCUCCGCAGCUGUACCGACGGCUCGCCGUAGGACUUUGGAUCUUCGAUCGUAAUCACUCCAUCGGCCUGACAAUAGAGUUUCGCAUAACCGCUUGGAUCCGCGAGGCGAGGCCCGAGCUGCAGGAAACCAAGAUCAUCCUUGUGAUCCCCAUCGUUCGUCGUCGGCCGCAUGAGGACGAUAGUUGGGAGAGGGAUGAGAAGGAAUGUGAGGAACGCCAAGGAUGGAUGAGAGGAGGUAGAGCUGGAAUGGCGUCUAGCGAGACAGGGAUCGCUAAGGUCUACUUCGAUAAUGAUGAAGAAGCCAGCCUUGAUUCCUGGGACGUGGUACGAGAACGAUUUCCCCAAAUCACCAACACAGUCCCCUAUUCCUCUUCCGCCCGUCUCCCUUCCAGAACAACCAUCCUCUGGAUUGCCGCCUCCUUCAUCCGACACACCAGCAAUACCAAAUUCCCCAUCAAACCCACCUAUGCCAACACCUACCUCUCCGCCACCCAUCUCUCCGCCACUCAUCUCUCCGCCAUGUAUCGUGUCGCCCUUGCCAACACCUGCUUCGCCAAUUAUACCAGCUACCCCAACCAAUCCUCCAGUCGAGACCUCAUCCGUGUCCGCCUCCAUCCACCCUCCCAUCCCAGCAGCUCUCGAAGAACUACCCCGCGUUCCGCCCAUCGUCUCCCCAGGUUCUCCGCUGAUGUUCCAGCUACUGCAGAGUAG